GUUUGGUGUUCCCCUCGCUGACCAUCAACAAGUAGGUAGUUGUGAUGUCGUGCUUUGUAACACAGCGACAUCUUCCAAAACCAGUUGUCAGUAACGGACCGUGAUGACUCUGUUUCCGUCGUUAUGGCGUCGGCAAGUACAACUUUGUUCAUGCGAGCAAAUCUGGGUGGGUGAGAACGCAGAACGUAAAAACACGGCCCGACGGGUAAUUAUAUUCCCUUCACACCACCCUACCGCAGUUUCUCGAAUAGCAAUUUGGUUCCAUUUUGCUCUCCUCAGUUGACGCCUCAACCCAACCCGAACCCACCUUCGUAAAUGCCCACCACCUGCUCGACCCUUUUUAUUCCCCCUCCUCUGUUUCCACUUGGCUCACUUCCGCAACCCCAUUGCGUGCAUCAUAGGAGAGAAAAGAUGGGCAACAGUUUGGGUGGGAAGAAAAAGAUGGUUAAGGUGAUGAAGGUGGACGGCACCACGGUGAAGCUGAAGCCACCGGCGCAGGCCACGCAGGCGCUGCGGGACCAUCCGGGCCACACCCUCCUCGACGCCGAGGAGGUGAAGCGCCUCGGGCUGCGGGCACGGCCGCUGGACCCGGACGCGGCCCUCAAGCCGGGAAAGCUCUACUUCAUGGUGGAGCUCCCCCGGCUGCCGGACCACCGCGCCCCCCGCAGGGCCUCGUCCGGGGCGCUCCGCGUGAGCGCCAAGGAGCGGCUGGAGAGCCUCCGGCUCGCCCGCCGCUCCAUGUCGGACCUCGCCAUCGCGACCCCGGCGCCGCCCUCGGUCGAGGCCGAGGAGGCCAUGGACGGAACCGUCCGCCUCAAGAUGAGACUGCCCAAGGCGCAGGUGCAGAGGCUCAUGCGGGAGAGCAAGGACGCCACCGACGCCGCGCAGAAGAUCAUGCAUCUUUGUGCUGGAAAAGAUGGCAGUGGCCCCUCGCCCUCGCCGGAGCCAACAACGUCAACUGUGGACGCCAGACGCAAGGAGAAGAGAACGAGGUUUCUUGCUGUCACAUAGUCAACCAUCAAAGCUGCCAAAUUUUCAAGUCACUUCACUACUCCAAGUCAAUGUAGAAGCAACAGAAUCACCAGAUCUUGUAGAUUUGUCAGAGAAGAAAAGGAAUUGUGGGUGGGAACAUGCGAAGCUGCCUACGGCUUCCUCGUCCCCUCGAAGCUGUCAGAUAGUGCUUUCUUUACUACUUACUCUCCGUUGCAUGGAAUUCCUGAUGCAGAUGGGAUGGGCAAGAGGGUGGGAUUCCCACGGGAUUAAGAGCUGUGGAUUUGUUUCCAUAAGCAGCAGAUCCGUGCUUAUCCAACCUUCUCGCUUUCAUCUAUCCUGAACAUUUUUUUUUUCUAAAAAAUAAAUAAUUAAUAACUAAGUAAAGCGAGUGCAAAUAUUUUCCCUACGAUCUGAACUUGGAAGACUAGAAAAAGUGCUAUAGGAUUUGUGCCAAACUUGAUGUGACUUGCAGAUACAAGUGUAAUUUAUCCACAGGAAUAUUAUUUUUAUUUUUUUAAUA